AUGCAUGGCCCAUUUAAUCGAAGGCCUGGCCGAAAUUAUUAUCCUCAAGGAUAUCCAUUACAUCAAUACGCCGCUCGUCCACAAAAUUAUCAACAGACAGCCAGUAAUUUGACCGCGGUUCCUCAAAAACAAACAGAAUCGAGAGCUCAAAAGCAAGUAGGAGCCAAUUUCCUGCCUUCGGUAGUCAAUGAAGCGUAUCACAAUGUUUUGGAACAAGUGGUGACUGCGAUGUGCUAUAAAAGUGGCUUCGAUGAUAUCGAAGAGGGUGCUCUGGAGACAUUGAUGCUGAUUUUUCAUUCUUACAUUAAACGAAUUGGCGGACAGUCGAGAUUGGCGUGCGAAAUGGCUGGAAGAACGUUAGUCAGUCCAGGAGAUGUUUGGUUUGGGCUUGUGAAUAUGGGAAUUCAUGUUCGAGAAUUAUCCGACUUUCAUCAGGAUCAAGUAAUCUCUGCGCUCACCGUUCAUGCUCCCGAAAUCAUUCCACCAGAAGCGAAAAAUCAAGCACUCAGGAUCGGAACACCCCGACCUCAUCCGAAUUAUGUUUACGAAUGGCUUCCACCACUUCCAGACCCACAUACUUAUAUAAAAACAGAGAUUUGCGAAGACAUCGACUUCACAUAUGAGAAAGUUCGGGAAGCGAUGGCACAGAAGAAACGGAACGGUAUUACUUCUCUGGUCAAUUACAUGGUUCGCAGCUAUCCAUCGAUGUGUUUAUUCAGAAAUUUCGAAACUAUUAUUCAUGAGAAAGUGAGAGAAACGUUCAACAGAGAAAGUGAAGAGAAGCGAAUGCAAGAAGCGUUUAUUGCAUUUCGAGAUCUACUCAAUACCAAUGACAUUGAGGAAGCCAAAAAUAUAGAGAAGUCGUUGUUCAAUAAAGGAUUGAUAAAUCAGCACGAACUUCAAUCCGGUACAGAAGUAGUGUGUAUGUGCUCGGAUGGAGCAUUGCUUAAUCAGUUCGGACAACGAGUUUAUAUUUCAAAAAACACACUUAUCGAUUUGGAAUCCAGAGAUCGGAUAUCAAAAAGCUCUUUGAGGAUGAGCGCGUGUGGAGAUGGAGCUGAAUCAUUGAGAUAUCAUUGGCCUGUUGACGAGAUGCUCGAUGAUCUAAUCGAGCUGGAUUCAUGUACGAUGGAUUUGGGAGAUGAUACGCCUGAUGAAAUGAAGUAUAUGCAAGAGAAAACCACGCUCGAAUAUCUUCCAGAAUGGUGUCAUAUACUUGUUCCGUCGUUCGAGCACCGUGCCUAUCUGACAGCAGUCGCCGACGAAUUGAAGGCUGGAGAAGGGCUGAGAAGGGAUCGAGAGAAAGAAAAAGAUGAGAAAGAAGUUAAAGAUGAAAUGGAUGAAGAGACCGAUGAGAAAAAGAAAAAAGAAGAGGAAAUUGCCCAUUCCAAUCUCUACCUGUGUCCUCCAAUUAACGACAUGGAUUUAAAAGACGAGGAGACGUCAUAA